GGGCUUGACCGACCUGGCGAGGGGGAAGAGUUAGAGGGACGGACGAGGGAGGGGACGGGUGAGCGGACGGCUUCCGGGGCAACGGCGGAAGUUCAGUUCCUGGAAGGGACCGGGACUCCUGUAGUCCCCGCUGAGUUGGACUGCGCGGACCGGGAGCGCCGGAGGCCGGAGUACGAGCGGACGGCGCUGUCUGACGGCCGGCAGCUGCUGCCUUUGUGCUCUCGUCGGCUCGGCGUUGAAGUGCGGGCGUUCAGCCUGGCGACGGGGGGGGCUGCUCGGACCGCACCCGCGGAGAGCGAGGGCCGGAAAUAGCAGGUCGCUUGCCAGCCCGGGGGAUCUGACGGUGUCUGCGGCCCUGCCCGCCCUGGCCAGGACUCAGCAUGUCGCAGGCCACCAAGAGGAAGCACGUGGUGAAGGAGGUGUUGGGAGAGCACAUGGUGCCCUCGGAGCACCAGCAGAUCGUGAGGGUCCUCCGAACCCCCGGGAACAACCUGCACGAAGUGGAGACGGCCCAGGGGCAGCGCUUCCUGGUCAGCAUGCCCUCCAAGUACCGGAAGAACAUCUGGAUCAAGAGAGGAGACUUUCUCAUCGUUGACCCCAUAGAAGAGGGCGAGAAGGUGAAGGCUGAGAUCUGCUUCGUGCUUUGCAAGGACCACGUGCGCUCCCUGCAGAAGGAGGGGCAAUGGCCGGAGGCCUUCUCUGCAGUGGCCGAGAACCACAACGACAACAGAAGCAGACAGACUCAGCCCGAACUCCCAGCUGAGCCGCACUCACAGGAGUCCAGCUCUGAAGACGACUCUGACCUCUUCGUCAACACCAACCGCAGACAGUACCACGAGAGCGAGGAAGAGAGCGAAGACGAGGAGACAGCCUGAGGACAAGGACCACCUUCCACUGCUCAGGGACUAGGCCCUGGCGCCUCUGGGCUUGGACAUUCCAGGUGCCCUGGACGGGAAAGAGGCAGGCUCCCUCUCUACACCGAUUCUCUCGCAGGCGAAUUAAACCCCCGGUGGGCGGUGACCUGCACUGGUGUCUGAGUGGCUCUCUGCGGGGGUGGAGACCCUCUGGCCACUGAGUGGGAAAGAAAUGGGAAACGGCCGAAGUCUCCCGGGGGCUUUAUUUGCUCUGUCCUCUCUCCGGGGACGCUGAGAAAGCGCCAGGCCCUGGGCGCUGCCUCCUUGCGCCUGUGUAACCAUGGGACCAGCUGCACUGGAUGCAGGCUCUCCGGGUUGCAGCCCAGGAGCUGGUCCCCGCCGCCUCCGGGAGACGCUCAGGGUGAGCGCCUUGGUGCCGUGCAAGCCACGUCCCCUGCCUGUGUGGCCACCUUACCACAUGAGCGCCCAGGCCAUGGUGUCUUGGACAUCCCCUGUUUGGACCCCAUCUUUGUCCCACCCUUAACUGUCACCUCCAGAACGAGUAGUGUGGGCAGCAAAUCUCUGUGUCCAUAAAGUUUUUUUGUUUCUGUUUUUUUUUUUUUUUUUUUUUUAAGGUUUGUUUAAUUGAAAGGCAGUGUCAGAGAGAGGGAGAGGCAGACAGAUCUCCAUCUGCUGGUUCACUCCCCAGAUGUCUGCAACGUCUACGGUCAGGCCAGGCUGAAGCCAGGAGCUCCAGCCAGGCCUCCUGUGUGGGCGACAGAAACCCAGGUGCUUGGGCGUUAGCUGCUGCCUCCUGGGUGCAUUGGCAGGAAGUGGGGUCAGAGCAGAGAGGAGCCCGGACUGCAGCAAGGGACUCCAUACGGGGCGCAGGCAUCCCAGGUGGCAGCUUAACCCACGGCGGCACAAGGCCUCACUCUGGCCACGCCCACUCCUGAUGCUGCUGUAAACCUGCUGUCGCCUGAGGACGGCAGCCGGCCUCACCCCGGACUUAGUGCCUCGGCUCCAGGGCCCGGGAUGGUGGCUGCCUUGUGGCUGCUCAGACCAUCUCUGGCCACUGCCCACUGGCCGUCUGAGAACCAGGUUUUCCAACUUUUUUUUAGAUUUUAAUUAUUUGAAAGAGAGCCAUCUGCUGGUUCACUCCCCAGUUGGCCACGAUGGCCAGAGCUGCACCAGUCUGGAGCCAGGAGCUUCUUCCAGGUCCCCCACAUGGGUGCAGGGGCCCAAGCACUUGGGCCGUCUCCCACUGCUUUCCCAGGCCACAGCAGAGCUGGAUCGGAAGUGGAGCAGCCGGGUCUUGAUCUGGCACCCACAUGGGAUGGCGGCACCGCUGGUGGCGGGUUACCUGCUCCACCGCAGCGCCGGCUCCCAUGUCCCGUUUUGAAAGCUUUGUGGCUGUGCCCUGCGGGCGUUGACCUAGUCACUGGCUCGGUCCCUGAAGUCCGCCUCCCGGCACGGUUGUCACCUUAGCUGGCGCAUGUUCUGCGCCCGUGAUGGCGCUGUCCAGCGGUGUGCUCCCUGGGUCCUUGUUGGCCCAGCGCUCAGGCAGGCCCUUGUCUUCUGUUCGGGCCUGCUGCCUGCAGCCCCAGGCACUCCUGGGAGCCCCGAGGGUUCCCUGCAGGCGACAGUACCUGUGCGGUGUGUCCUCUACCCCGGCCUCGAUUCCACUGCGCCCUGUGCACUGCCAACCCCACCCCCUCCUGCACUCCCUCUGUGCUCCCAGCCUCCCUGCGUGAACCUGCCCUGGGUGAACGCCAGUCACUGUCCACACCCGAGUCACUCUCGCCAGGCUGGAAGGCCGCCAGUCGGACCUUACAUCCGGGGUUAGCAGCCUCAGCAGGACACUCGGCGCUGCCCAGCAGUCCCUGUACGUGUCAAUUUCAAAACUUCUGUCCCAUCUCCCGUAUCCCGCUGCUGUGGUAGGUCGUGCCCACCACAGCUCACACGUCGUUAAGAAAUGGCAGCCUAGGGGCCGGCGCUGUGGCGCCGUGGGUUAAUACCCUGGCCUGCAGUGCCAGCAUCCCAUAUGGGUGCCGGUUCGAGACCCAGCUGCUCCACUUCAGUCCAGCUCUCUGCUGUGGCCUGGGAGGGCAGUGGAAGGUGGCUCAAGUGCUUGGGCCCCUGCCACCUGUGUAGGAGACCCAGAAGAAGCUCCUGGCUCCUGGCUUCAGAUUGGCGCAGCUCCGGCUGUUGUGGCCCAUUGGGGAGUGAACCAUGAGAUGGAAGACCUCUUUCUCUCUCUCUCUCUCUCUCUCUCUCCCUCUCCCUCUCCCUCUCCCUCUCCCUCUCCCUCUCCCUCCCUCCCUCCCUCUCUGCCUCUCCUCUCUCUGUGUAACUCUGACUUUCAAAUAAAUAAAUAAAUCUUUAAAAAAAAAAAAAAAAAAAGGUAGCCAAAAACCAGGAGACACGUUUUUGCCUGAGCCCUGCCUCCACCUUGUUUUGCUCCAGUGGGGCUGGGCCUGAGGCCUCUGGGACCGAUGGGUUCGUGGUGUUCUGAGCCAAAGGAAAAGCGUUGGCGAGACGCUUGCCGUUAGCAGCCUCAGAGACGUCACGCGCCGGCCUGGAAGCCGGCGCUGUCUGCCUCCUCCCUGGUGCUAGAACCUUGCCCUUGCUCUCCUGAGGGCGUCGUCGGUUUUUGUUUUGUUUUGACUUGGCCUUUUCAGGCGGAGGGGCAGACGUGGGGGUCAUUCCGCAGGGUCUGUAGGCAUCAGAUGUGCUAAGAACCUGUGCCGCCGUCCCCAUCUCCCCAGCUGCGCCUCGUCCACUUCCUGUUGCUUAGUGACUCAGUGCGUGUGUGUGUGUGUGUGUGUGUACUAGAGUCCUGCAGGAUGUCACAGGAGACUGACGACUGGGGUGUGCUUUCGGUGCAGGAUUCGAGGUGCCAGGUUCCAGUUCCAGCUGCUCCCUCCUACCCGGGCACCUGUCUGUCUGGGGAGGCAGCAGGUGAUGGCUCAAGUGGCUGGGCCCCUGCUGCCCACUUGGGACAACUAGAUGAGAGCUCCGGCCUCUUGGCUUUGGCCUGGCCUAACCCUAGCUGUUACGGGCAUUUGGAGAGCCAACCAGCAGAUGGAGGGUGUCUCAUUUUGGUGCAAAGGUUUUUGAAAUCCAUGCA